AUGGAGAAGGAGAGCAUGACGGCGACCAUCGCCAGCUCCGGAUCUCUUCCGCCUGGGUCGUCGGAAACCACUGCAAUUCCGCUUGGGUCGUCGGAAAUCUCUCCACCACCGUCGGAGAACACUAGAAACACUACACCACAAGUGUCCGGAUCUCUUCCGUCGGAAACCACUGCAAUCUCUCCACCACCGUCAGAGAACACUAGAAACACUACACCACAAGUGCCCGGAUCUCUUCCGCCUGGGUCGUCGCAAAUCUCUCCAGCAGCACCGCCAGGAGGAGAUAGAGACCCACCGGCGACUCCAUUGCUAGAGCCUCCAAGUCGCGAUGAAAGGAGAAUGAGGCAAUGGGCUAAAAUGGUGAAAAGAUGCCAUGAAGUCAUUGCACUGCUCAUUGGUUUUGUGCUGGUUUUUGCUCCGGAGGGAUUCGUCAUCAAAGGCAUGCAUGCUAACGAUGGUCAGGUUAAUCCGGUGGCCAUCAUUGUGAACAUCCUUGACAAUCUCCAGACACAUUUGGUUUUCCCCUUCAUAAUUGCAGGACUAUCAUAUGCGCUCUUUUAUGUUCUAUCUUCGUCCAGUAUGCCCGUGGCUUGGCUGUUAUGGAUGGAUGCACUCUCUGUUAUAGCAGGCUUCUCUGUCGUCUUUCUAGUGAUAUUCUACAUAUCGCAGCGUAUGUUCAUCGUCGGAGGUACUGUUGGAGCGUUAGUUCUUGGGAUACUUUUCUGUUGCCAAUUUCCACGAAAACUUAUUGUUCCAAGAGACAUCCAGGUGGGAGCUUGA